AUGGAGCCAGUAGCGACCUGGACCCCCGGGAAGGUGGCGGCUUGGCUGAGAGGCCUCGAUGAUUCCCUGCAGGACUAUCACUUUGAGGACUGGGAGCUGCCUGGCAAGUACCUGCUCCAGCUCUGCCCCCGAAGCCUGGAAGCUCUAACUGUGUGGCCUCUGGGCCACCAGGAGCUCAUCCUGGAAGGGGUAGAACAGCUCCGGGCCCUGAGCUCCGGGCUACAGUCAGAGAACCUGCAGAGCCUGACAGAGGGGCUGCUGGAGGGGAUCCGGGCAUUCCAGAGCUUAGUCCAAGGUCGCUUGGGGGGCUGUGCUGAGCCUCCUGCAGAUGUCCUCAGCGCAGCCACGGAGCUGGUGCAUGAGGCCCGUUCCCUCCUCUUCUGGCUCAACAGGUACCUCUUCUCCCACUUAAAUGACUUCUCAUCCUGCCAGGAGAUUGGGGAAUUGUGCGGGGAGCUGGGCCAGGCCUUGCAGGAGGACUGUCCAGCGGCUGAGAAGGAGAGCAAAGUCCUGAGGAUUAGCAGCCACGUGGCCGGGAUCUGCCACAACAUCCUGAGCUGCAGCCCAGAGGAGCUGCUGGAGCAGAAGGCCGUGCUACAGCACGUGCCGCUGGACGAUCCUUCGGGCCUGGAGAUCUACACCACCAGCAACUGCCUACACUUUGUGUCUCGAGUGGGCACCCAGGUCCCCACUGAUUCCCGGCUGCAGAUCCUGCCUGGAGACGAGAUUGUCCAGAUCAAUGAGCAGGUGGUGGUGGGCUGGCCCCAUAAAAACGUGGUGAGGGAGCUGCUCCGGGAGCCAGACGGGGUCAGUUUAGUGCUGAAGAAGGUCCCAGAGCCGGAGGCACUCUCACAGAGCCCUCCUCAGGCCCUGGGCCCUCCACGCCCAGUGAGCCCAUCGCUGGCUCCGGCCCUGCCGUCUCCCAGGGCCCCAUCGGAAGACGUCUUCGCCUCCAACCUGACUUCAAACCCAAGUCCCGGACCCAGCCCUGCUGCCUGGACAGCCUCGACCUGCCUUGACCCGGAGCCCCUGCCCAGCCCCCAUGCACCCUCAGCCACACUCCUAGCUGGGGUAGCAGACGCUCCAGAGCCCCCAGAACACCCUGACAAGAGUCCUGUCCCUGGUCGCAAGAAAUCAAAAGGCGUGGCGACGCAGCUGAGCCGCCGGCGGGUGUCCUGCCGGGAGCUGGGCCGGCCUGACUGUGACGGCUGGCUCCUGCUGCGCAAGGUGCCCGGGGGCUUCAUGGGCCCUCGCUGGCGCCGCUGCUGGUUUGUGCUCAAGGGACACACGCUCUACUGGUACCGCCAGCCUCAGGAUGAGAAGGCUGAGGGCCUCAUCAAUGUCUCCAACUACAGUCUGGAAAGUGGACAAGAUCAGAAAAAAAAAUAUGUGUUCCAGCUCACCCAUAACGUGUACAAACCCUUCAUCUUCGCUGCUGAUACCCUGACGGACCUGAGCAUGUGGGUGCGCCAUCUCAUUACCUGCAUUUCCAAGUACCGGUCUCCAGGCCGCGCCCCCUUGCCCCGAGAGGAAGACUGCUACAGUGAGACGGAAGCAGAAGACCCCGACGAUGACGCAGGAUCCUGCUCAGCCUCGCCCAGCCCGGCCCAAGCUGGGAGUUCGCUCCACGGAGACACAUCACCUAUGGCCGCCCUCACGGAGGGCAGCCCACAGACCUCCUUCGGUCCUCCGACAGACAGCAGCGAAGGGGCCCUGGAAGGAAUGGUACGGGGGCUGAGGCUGGGUGGCGUGUCCUUCCUGGGCAGGCCACAGCCCCUCACUCACGAGCAAUGGCGGAGCUCUUUCAUGCGGCGCAACCGAGACCCCCAGCUCAAUGAGCGAGUGCACCGCGCGCGGGCGCUGCAGAGCACGCUCAAGGCAAAGCUGCAGGAGCUGCAGGCCCUGGAGGAGGUGCUAGGCGACCCCGAGCUCACUGGGGAGAAAUUCCGCAGGUGGAAGGAGCAGAACCAGGAGCUCUACUCAGAGGGCCUGGGGGCCUGCAGAGUGGAGCGGGCCGAGGGCAGCUCCCAAGUCCCGAACUCUGACUCCGGGGAACCGUCUUCCCACCCCCCACCCUCUCAGCCUGAGGAGCACUCCUGUCUCUGCCCCCUGACCCCAGAGAGUGACUUCUGA